GGGGGAAAGGAGCCGUAAACGGGAUUGGCGCCGGCCGGCGGGAGAUGCUGAGCGCGACGGUUAAAAGAGCAGCGAGUCGCUUGUCGCCCCUCUGCCCACCGCCGCCGCCGCUCGCCUCCCCCCCGUCCCCCUCCACCUCCCUCCGCCGCCUCCUUCACCCUCACCCGCCCGGGAACCGCGCGUGCAGGGCGGCGCCGCCUCCUCCUCCUCUCCUCCUCCUCUCCCUCUCCGGCUCGGCUCUCGCCGCCGCCGCCGCCCCGCCGCUGGCAGCCCGGCGCCUGGUCACCAUGGCAACGGAGGGUAUGGCCCAGAGGAUGGUCUGGGUGGACCUGGAGAUGACUGGGUUGGACAUAGAAAAAGAUAAAAUCAUUGAAAUGGCUUGCAUUAUAACUGAUUCAGACUUGAAUAUUUUGGCAGAGGGUCCACAUUUGAUAAUUAAUCAACCAGAUGAAUUGCUGGACAGUAUGUCAGAUUGGUGUAGGGAGCAGCAUGGAAAGUCUGGCCUCACACAGGCAGUGCGGGACAGCAAGAUGAGCCUGCAACAAGCAGAAUACGAGUUUCUGUCAUUUGUACGCCAGCAGACCCCACCAGGCCUCUGUCCUCUAGCAGGAAAUUCUGUCCAUGCUGAUAAGAAGUUCCUGGACAAAUUCAUGCCACAGUUGAUGAGACAUUUACAUUACAGAAUAAUUGAUGUCAGCACGCUUAAGGAAUUAUGCAGGCGCUGGUAUCCAGAAGAAUAUAAAGAGGCACCAAAGAAGAGGGCAUCACACAGAGCAUUGGAUGAUAUUUGUGAGAGCAUCAAAGAACUAAAGUUUUACAGAAAACACAUAUUUAAGGAAAACAAAAUUGAUGAGAAAAAGAGAAAAACUCACUUGGAGAAUGGCGAGAAUGAGAAACGGGAGAGCUAAGGAACUUACGUAUCCAGAAGAUUGUCUAACAAACUUGAAAUGUCUGUUUGCAUAGUUUUGAAUACUUUAGGACUAAGAUAAUGUAGUUUCAAUAUUCAAAAAAGAUUAAUUUUUUUUCUGUAUUUUGUUUGUCUUUUUCAAAGACUAAACAAUUGUAAUAACACAAUUGAUAAUGAGUCACUUUCACUAUUAGUUGGAUUUUGGUUACAAAUUAGCACUUCAGUAUUAAUUUAAACUACAGUAGGAACGAAUGCAAUUUUUUGCAUUUAUGGUGUGUAAUAAAUCUGACUACUUUUGUUUUAACCUUAAGUGCAUUUAUUGUUCUCUACUGUGGUUUCUUUGGGAAGGGGUGGAAUAAAUCUCCUUUCACUAAA